AUGGACUCUAUAAAAUUAAGAAAAGAAGCAUUAGAAAUAGAACAAGAAGUUAUUUAAAUUAGAAGACAUAUUCAUGAGAAUCCUGAGCUAGGAUUUGAGGAAUUUGAAACAUCAAAAUUUAUAGCUGAAAAAUUAGAAUAAUUAGGAUAUGAAAUUAUCAAAAAUGUUGGAAUUACAGGAGUAGUCGGUAUAUUGAGAGGAGAUUAACCUGGUCCUUGUGUUCUUUUUCGUGCAGAUAUGGAUGCUUUAAAGGUUGACGAAAAUAGCGGAGAUCCUCACGCAAGUAAGAAACCAGGUAUUCAUCAUGCUUGUGGUCAUGAUGGUCAUGUUGCAAUGCUACUUGGAUUUGCUAAGAUUAUUUCUACUUGGAAGAGUAAAAUUAAAGGUAUUGUUAAACUGUGCUUUUAACCUGCUGAAGAAGGACUUGCAGGAGCUAAAAAGAUGAUAGAAGAACAUGUUUUAGAAAAUCCAAAUGUGGAUAUGUGUUUUGGAGCACAUUUAGUUAACUAUGAAUAUCCUGGUUACGUAAGAUGUGUUCCUGGUCCAAUUACAGCUAAUUCUGAUAGAAUUUUUAUUGAUAUUGAAGGAUUAGGAGGCCAUGCUAGUACACCUCAAGAUGCUAAGGAUGCAGUAGUAAUUGGAUGUCAAUUAGUAACAGCUAUGUAAACAAUUACAAGCAGAAAUCUUUCACCAUAUGAAACGGGAACUAUAUCAAUAGGAAAAAUAGAAUCAGGAACUCAAGCUAAUGUAAUAGCAUCAAAAUGUAGAAUUGAAGGAACUGUUAGAUCAUUUAAUUAGAAAACACAGAGUUUAUUUGAAGAAAGAUUGAAUUAAUUAUGCAAUGGAUUUGCUAUUUCUUAUGAUUGCAAAAUCAAUUUGGUAUUUAAAAAGCUAUAUCCUGCAACAAUAAAUGAUUAAAAAUGUUACGAGCUUGCAAUUGAGAGUAUAAAAAAGGUCGUUGGAGAAUCAAACCUUAAAAAAAAGGAUUUUGGAUUAGCUGGUGAAGAUUUUUCAUUUUUCAGCUUAUAAAAACCUAGUUGCUACUUUUGUAUAGGAAGUGCUCCUUAAAAUUCAUUAAUUAAUGAUGGGACUAUUGCACUUAGACCUCAUCAUUCUCCUUUCUUUACUAUUGAUGAAUCUAGCUUGGUGAUUGGAGUUUCCAUAUGGGUUUAAAUGCUAGAGGAUAUAAUGUGUUGA